AUGGCAUACCACAUCGGAGCGGCGAGGACACAUUCCCCACGAUCAUUCCAAACCUUCUUCAGCAAUGUUCGAAGUCAAUGGAACUGCAACCCCGAAACCUCAACCCAACGGUUCCUACACUCGUGCCCAGAAGCGUUCAUCCAGAACAUGCUCAAGUUCCGAAGAGACAAAUCCACUGAGCAAGUGGAGCAAGCUCUUAACCAAUGCGGGUUUGACCUCAACGACCACCUCGUCCUCGACGUGCUUCGACGACAUCGUUCUGAUUGGAGACCAGCACACAUGUUCUUCAACUGGGCCUCCAAAACAACUGGGUAUGCCCCAAGUUACCAUGUUUACAACGAGAUCCUCAACAUUCUAGGGAAAGCGAAGCGCUUUCAAGAGUUACACCAAGUGUUCGAUGAAAUGUCUAAACGAAAGGAACUCGUUAACGAAGCAGUAUUCGGGACUUUGCUUCGUAGAUUUGUGGGUGCUCAUAAAGUAGAAGAAGCAAUUGAGUUGUUCCACAAGAGGAAGGAGUUUGGAUUGGAGCUUGAUUCGGAGGCUUUUCGUACACUCUUGAUGUGGUUGUGUCGGUACAAGCAUGUGGAGGAUGCAGAAACUUUGUUUCAUGAUAAGGUGAAUGAGUUUGGUGGUGAUAUAAGGAUGUGGAAUGUGAUUCUCAAUGGCUGGUGUGUGUUGGGGAACGUGCAUGAGGCAAAGAGGUUGUGGAGAGACAUAGUGGCAUCUAAAUGCAAGCCUGAUCUUUUCACCUAUGCUACUUUCAUCAAGGCUUUGACCAAAAAAGGGAAACUUGGGACAGCAUUGAGAUUGUUCCAUGGCAUGUGGGAAAAAGGUUGCAAGCCUGAUGUUGUGAUAUGUAAUUGCAUCAUUGAUGCUCUUUGUUUCAAGAAGAGGAUUCCUGAGGCAUUGGAGGUUUUUGAUGGCAUGAAGGAAAGGGGUUGUGAACCCAAUGUGGGUACUUACAAUUCGCUUAUUAAGUACAUGUGUAAGAUAAGGCGAAUGGGGAAGGUGUAUGAAUUGGUGGGUGAGAUGGAGAGGAGGAAGGGGUGUUGUUUGCCUAGUGUUGUUACUUAUUGUUACUUGCUUAAGUCAUUGAAGGAGCCAGGGGAAGUUCCCGGGGUGUUGGAGAGGAUGGGGAGAAAUGGGUGUAGCAUGAAUGAUGAUAAUGGAGUGAAGAAAACAUGGGAAGAAAUGGAGAGGAAUGGAUGGGGACCAGAUAGAAGAUCAUAUACUAUAGUGAUUCAUGAGCACUUUGAUAAAGGGAGAGUGAAGGAUGCCAUGCGUUAUUUUGGGGAGAUGACAUCUAAGGGUAUGGUGCCAGAGCCAAGGACAGAGAAGCUGGUGAUUUCCGUGAAUGAUCAGGUGAAGGGGAGAAUGGGAAAACAAGGAGGCAUUGAAGGGGAGACAUCUAGUUUUUGAGAUCUUGGAAUUCGGUCCUAUUGGAAGAUGGGUAGACAAUGUUUCCUUCAGGCUAGUAGUUCAGCUUGGCAGCUUGAGUCUUUUUGGAACUUGAAGUACAUUGAAUCCAUUUAGAAUUUGACAAAACUUAAAGGUAGAGCAAGUGUUGUUUUUCAAUUAGAGUUGGAGUUUUACCUCGAUUAUCUUCGUAAAAGUUUAUAUUAAAGGUCAAUACACCAA